AUGUCAAACCCUCCACUGUUCUACGAGACUGCCAAAUGUGUGGCUCUGUAUCUCGAACCUAACAUUAGAUUCCAACUCUAUCAACGAUGUCCAUCAUUCCGAACUGUCCACAAAGUCCAAGCUAUAAGAAUCAGACAACUCUGGAUCAACUACGCAAAUUUUGAGAUGAACGGAACCGUUUAUAGACUUGGAGUCCUUCGGAAGUACCCAUCCGGGAACACUCCGCAAUCAAUAGAUAUGAAAAAUAAGGAGGGUGGGAUCCAAUAUGAAGUGGAUAAGUACGGUAUCCCUACGAUUCCUGAAGGAACACAAAUCGAUGGAGAAGUACUAACAGAUGCUGAAAUAAAAGCAAGAUUAGAACAUAAUGCAAUUCAAUUGGAGAAAACCGCGGGAUCCAGAAUUACACGGACCAUUCAAUUAGAGAAAAGAAAAUUGGAAAUCCGUUCGUAUGAGAUGAGAAUGGCGAAUGAAAACCCGCCAUUUGACCAGUUUAUUCAGUUUACUAACGAUGGUGAGAGAGUUGAGAUUUUGGAUUAUCAGCAAACUUUGACGGAGGCUAGAAAUUACUUGUUGAAAAAGAUUAUUGGUACUGCUGGCCGAGUUCUCAUCGAGUCUCUUAACAUUGAAGAUCAUUCCUAUUUCUUUACGUCAUCACUUGCUGCUCAAGAGUCUCCUCUCGCCCAUAACUGA